ACCAAACAAACAAACAUGAACCACUCCACCAAAGGAAAAUGACACAUCUUCAUUUUGUCAAAACACAAUCACAAAGACUCUCAUGGCCAGAGCCUUGUUAUCUACUGACAAUACCCUUUAAGCCCAAAUUUAGUCCACAAAAUCAAGCACAAGCAUUAUCUUUACCGAAAAUUCAAUAAUCCAUUAGAACCUUUUUUUCAGUGGCUCUGAUUCUGCCAUUGUGUUCAUCAAAAGCCUCUGCCACAUAAAUAAACAUUUUUUUGCUACAGACAAAAAUAAGACUCAUAGUUUUGUUGCCACAUAUGUAUAACAUUGCGUGAACUAUACUUAUUUUUUUUCUCAGAGUGCUUCUUCUAUCAAUCUAAGGUUGUCGUAAAAAGCUUGAAACCGAUUCUGCAGUGAUAUCUGCAAGAAGUCUUCUGCUUGACAAUGCCACCGAAACCCUUGGACCUUGUGUCGAUAAAUGAAAACGUGAAGAAGGCUCAGUAUGCUGUCAGAGGUGAAUUAUACCUUCGAGCUACCGAGCUUCAGAAGGAGGGCAAAAAGAUUAUAUUCACAAAUGUCGGAAAUCCACAUGCGUUGGGACAGAAACCACUGACCUUCCCUCGCCAGGUUGUUGCUUUGUGCCAGGCUCCAUUCUUGCUUGAUGAUCCUAACGUUGGACUGCUAUUCCCGGCUGAUGCAAUUGCAAGAGCCAAACAGUACCUCUCAUUCACAUCGGGUGGUUUAGGUGCUUAUAGUGAUUCUCGAGGCAUUCCAGGAGUGAGGAAGGAAGUGGCAGAGUUCAUACAGAGGCGUGAUGGUUAUCCUAGUGAUCCAGAGUUCGUAUUCCUUACUGAUGGUGCGAGCAAGGCUGUGAUGCAGAUAUUAAAUACGAUCAUCAGAGGCGAAGGAGAUGGGAUUAUGGUUCCAGUCCCACAAUACCCACUCUACUCUGCAACAAUUGCUCUUCUUGGUGGCACUCUUGUUCCAUACUACCUCGAAGAGACAGCAAAUUGGGGUCUUGAUACUAAUGAGCUAAGAAAAUCAGUUUCAGAGGCUCGCUAUAAAGGCUUAAACGUUAAAGCAAUGGUGAUCAUAAAUCCUGGAAACCCUACCGGUCAAUGCCUUAGUCAAGAGAAUUUACGAGAGGUUUUGCAAUUUUGUUAUGAAGAAAACUUAGUCUUGCUUGGAGACGAGGUUUACCAGACGAAUAUAUAUCAGGAUGAACGGCCCUUCAUUAGUUCCAAAAAGGUUUUGAUGGAUAUGGGGCCACCUUUAAGCAAGGAAGUCCAGCUUGUUUCAUUUCACUCGGUGUCAAAAGGGUAUUUUGGUGAAUGCGGACAGCGAGGUGGAUAUUUUGAAAUGACCAACAUUCCUCCUGAGACAGUUGAUGAGAUCUAUAAAGUUGCAUCAAUAUCGCUUAGUCCAAAUGUUCCUGCACAAAUAUUUAUGGGACUAAUGCUCAAUCAGCCCAAACCUGGAGAUAUUUCUUAUGACCAAUUUGCUAGGGAAAGCAAAGGAAUACUUGAAUCACUAAGAAGAAGAGCAAGGAUAAUGACUGAUGGAUUCAACAGUUGCAGGAAUGUUGUUUGUAAUUUCACAGAAGGUGCCAUGUAUUCAUUCCCUCAAAUUCGAUUGCCACCAAAAGCUUUAGAGAUUGCUCAACAGGCUGGAAAAGCUGCAGAUGUUUACUACUGUCUCAAGCUUUUGGAAGCCACUGGCAUAUCCACUGUUCCUGGUUCAGGAUUUGGACAGAAAGAAGGGGUUUUCCAUUUGAGGACAACAAUAUUACCAGCUGAGGAAGAAAUGCCUGCAAUUAUGGAUAGUUUCAAAAAGUUCAAUGAUGAUUUCAUGGAGCAAUAUGAUGACCAUAGAGGUUAUUCAAGGUUGUAAUGGUUUCAUCGUCUUAAAAGUUUUAUCAUACUCAUGUUCAAUUCUUCCCUUGAAAAAACACACCCUCCUUUCUGAAACCUUAGAUUUUCUUCUAUAUUUCAAUGAGAAUCUUCAUGUAUAUUUAA